GCAUUGAUGGGGUAAAGCGAGGAGCUCACGAGACUGUAAAGGGGGCGUAUGUUUAGGCUACGUCAGCGCUGCCAGCGUGGAGCGGCAUGACACCAGGAAGUAACGCAAUUCAAUUGACUAUACAAAUAUCGAAGAGAGAGGGUACCCGAGGUGGAUUUUUGUGCUUGGAUUUGCUUCCCUAAAAUACACAGCACGCGACGACGCACGGGGAACACGCAGAGUCCCUGCGACGGGGUUUUCAACAUUGCAUGGAUAAGCCGCCUGUGAAGAUGAUGGACCCUACACUCGCUGAGAUGGGAAACCAUCUCUCUGAUGCCAUGAAGAUUUUGGAAAGUGGAAAAUUGGAAUCUGAACAGGGCAAAGAAAGAAGAAAGUUGAGUUGGAAAGACUUUCCAGGACCCUUGCAAGGAGAUGGACAGGAUGUUGUCAGCAUACUCCAGCUUGUCCAGAACCUGAUGCAUGGAGAUGAGAAGCAGGGUCAUCGCAGGAUGCAGUAUGUCGGAGAGCAGGGACACAUGGCUCUAUUGGGACACAGUCUGGCUGCAUAUAUUUCUGUCCUGGAACGAGAAAGAUUGAGAAAGCUGACCACACGCAUCCUGUCGGAUACCACUCUCUGGCUCUGCAGGCUUUUCAGAUAUGAAAAUGGCUCAGCAUAUUAUCAUGAAGAUGACCGUGAGGGGCUGGUGAAGGCGUGUCGGCUAGCUAUUAAUACUCAUUAUGAGGACUACGCUACAGAGGGCUUUACAUUGCUCAGCUCUAAACAUCCUGUGAUUUACCAAAGUGCUGCAUGCAGACCUGGCCUGGGACAACAUCUCUGCAGCCAGCUGGGACUGCCUCUGUCAAGUCUUUGUAUUGUGCCCUGUAACACCAUGUUUGGCUCGUUGCACCGAAUGGAUGUUGCAUUGCUUGACAAGCUCAUCAGAGACGAUCGUGAAUCAGGGAAGCUUCCAUUGCUGUUGAUAGCGAAUGCUGGAACGCCAGGUGCGGGUCACACAGACAAGCUCAGUCGUCUGAAAGAGCUCUGCGUUCAGUACAAUAUGUGGCUCCAUGUGGAGGGGGUGAAUUUGGCAACGCUUGUUCUUGGUCAGGUCUCUUCUACUGUCACGGCGGCCACUAAGUGUGAUAGUAUGACUUUAACUCCAGGCCCGUGGUUGGGCCUGCCGGCUGUGCCUGCUGUCACCCUUUACAGACAUGAGGAUCCGGCCCUGUCUCUCGCAGCAGGUCUGACCUCUAGCCAACCAGUGGAGAAGCUUCGGGCUUUGCCUCUCUGGCUGUCCCUUCAGUACCUUGGGCAUGAUGGGAUUUUACAGAGGAUUAAGCAUGCCUCGCAGCUAAGUCAACAGCUGUUGGAGAAUUUGAAGACACUGGCUUCAAUAAAAACCUCGGUGGAGGAUGAACUGAAUUCUCCUGUGGUGGUGUUCAGGUUUUCACAAGACAACAGCACUUCCUCAAGUGGUGGCUCAGUAGAAGGCUAUCUUGAAGGGGAAAGAGAUAUCCUUGAUGCCCUUAACAGAUGGUUGGGUGAGCAGUUGGCGCAGCAGGUUCCGCUAAGUGGUGUGGAUGUGGUUGAGCUGGAAGAUGAGGGCUCAUGUGUUCGCUUCAGCCCCCUCAUGACCGCUGCGGCUCUUGGCACUCAGGAGAAUGACGUGGCUGCACUGGUGGACAAGCUGGGAGAGAUGAUCCCAGUGCUGAGCUGCACCCUACGCUUCAGACAGGACUUCAAGGAUGAGGUUCUACAACAAGCUUCACUCUUGUACAUUGAGGACCAGAGCUGGCCUGGUCUUGGAGGUGUGAGGUAUGAGGCCAGAACCACAGACCUGGAUGAAGACAAGAGACAUCACAGUGUGGAGAAGAUCAACAGUGACUUGCUUAAGAAGCUGAUGGAACUGGAUACUGACCUGUACUUCUCUGAUGGUCCUGAGUUUUGUGAGGAGAAAAACUGCAUAUUCAUUGGUAUGGCAACAGAAGACCUGGAUGUGGCAGAGUUGGUGGAAACUAUAGUAUCUAUUGGAAGAGACAUUGAGGAAAGUGGAAAGUUGUUUGAGAACAUGACGGAGGUUGUGAGAAGAGGCAUACAGGAAGCUGAGCAGCAGCUUCAGAAAGCAAAUGAAGAGAAACUUAUGGAAGAGGGUGUACUUCGACAAAUCCCUCUGGUGGGCUCUGUGAUUAACUGGUUCUCCCCAGUUCAGGCCUCUGUCAAAGGAAAAACUUUCAACCUAGCUGAAGGUUGUCUGGACAGCACCGAGCCCGUUUAUUCUAUAAAAGCCCAGAUGAAUAAAGAAGCUUCUCUCGAUUCCCCCAAGUCCGUCACCAAACGGUUUCCAGGCCAAAAACUCUUCCGGCGGCAGGGAGCGGGCUCAGACUCUGUCAGUGAUACCAGCUCUGUCAGCCAGCUUGAAGAAUCGUUCAGGGAAACGGCACCCGUGCAGGCCAGUGAUGCGGAGGAGGCAGAGGUCCCUCAGGAGCGUCAUGUCCACAUAGUGGCGGAAACGGCUUCAUCAGACCAGCAUGUACCAGAGGGACAAGAGACUGACGCCCUUAGAUAAGACCACUCCUAAAGGGAUGUCCCAGAGGUUGGCUUUGUCUCACGGAGGAAUAUGCGUCCGUGACCUUGAUGCCUUGAGCAAACCACUCUUGAAAUUAAGGAAAGAAGCAGCUUUAAAUGCAAAUAACAAAACACUGGAAUUUCAUGGAAGUAAUGUCUGAAUAUACGUCCCUUUUUCUUCUCGUAAUCAGUUGCACAUUUUUAAGGUUUGGUUAAUCAUAUAUUACAGGGUCUCCUCACAGUUCUUUAUGUGCACUGCCAGUAUAUCCUUCCAUAGUGGGUGACACAGCCGUUACGUUUAGGUUUUGGACGCUUAUCUUUGUCAUCUAUAAGCCUGUCUGACAGGUUUUUCUGAUGCAUUUCCACACAUUAUUUCCACAACGAAAGGGCUAUUGUGGCCUUACCGUCAUGUACAUUAACGUCAAAAUGUCUUGUUUGCCAAAAGCUGGUCUUGCUUUAUGUACUCUCCACAGGCAGACGUGUGAGAAAGAAGGUUGAUGCUUGAAGACUCAUGCAGCUGUUUCUAAUCAAACGAUAGCCUUAUUGCACUUUUAUGUACAGAAUGUCACACUUUAAUCAGAACAGCAGAAUAUUUAUUUAUUCUAUAAAUAAUUCUCUUGGAGGACAUUAGGCUAUUUAGAGAUAAGUAACAUUUGCUAUAUGUCUAAAAUAAGUUUAUUAAAUCAAACAGAUAUCUGUCCAGCACUUUUGGCUUUACCAAUAGUGAAAUGAUUAUCAUAUACUGUUCUCACUGUGAAUAAUGUUUCAGAGAUGUCUCUUUUCAGUAAUCGUUUCAUUUUUGGAUGUGUAUGACGGCUAAAUAUAAUGUACUGAAAUGAAGAUCUUUAUUUGUUGUUUACACCAAUGUUAAUUGUUUUAGCACAUACAAAAAAAAAAGCUUUGCUACUGGGGAAAUGUAGUUUCAUUUAGCAUAUGAAUAUUGUGUGAAUUAUUCAUGAGAAGUAAAUUCACUACAGCUAGAACACAUCCAUCCAUGUUUUUGGGGCAUAAGGUGCUCUUUUCAUAACUGUGCUUCCUUACUGAAUAAUGUAAUUGUAGACCUGCUCAUCUUUUCAAAAUGAUUCAGUCUUAACUGGUGCAAUAAAUCAUUGUUUUUUUCUUUUUCUUUGGGGGAGAUAAGUGCUAACUUGAAAUGUUGUGUCAAAAGAAAGAAUAGAGUGGUUUUUAUAAUUACAAUUUUAUUUUACAAUGAGCAGUUAUGUAAAUGACAAUAAAAAAAAUGGUACUAAAACAAAAAUAAGAGCUUGGAGGUUUUUUUUUUCUUCCAAAACUGCCCUGAACUUUUA